GAAGAAGAAAGAAGAUGGCACCAAGAGGAAAAGACCAGCCGUUGCAUCAGCGAGCUGAGUAGCCGUCCUUCGAGAGUGUCGUCGCCUGAUUCCAUGGAUUUCACUUGGGUUUCGUUUCCCUUCUAAGUCUCCGUUCAGUAUAAUCGUGCUUUUUCCAUCUCCUGUAUCCAUAAUAUAUACGGCGUUUUCAUUAUACCGAUCCAUUGUCUUCCAUCAUCGUUAUUCUUUGAUAGUGACGAUUCGCUUCCAUAUCUCCAUUCUAUGUUUAUGAAUUUACUCAUGCAGAUACAUCAAAGAGUUCUCAUAUCCACAAUUCUCGACCCGCCUCGCACCUUCUAAUAAUUCCUCCUAUGAGUCUGGGAACGCGACUGGGCAGACCUACUGUCCAAGAUUUCAAAUUUUCUCCUAGGAUCCACAUUUGCCCGUGAGGUAUCUUAUUAGAUGCGCUCCAAUCAUGAAUGCACUCCCCGGUGUUGUCUAUGAAUGAUAUUUCCAGAGCGUUCAUCUACAGGUUCUGCGGCGUCUUCCUUACUCCUAGAAAAGACGAUGUGAUUCCUAGCCCGGAUGCGGCAAGAUGUUUUAUGAGAAACCUGUCAGCUGCUGAUCGUGAAAUCGAUGUCGACUACUACGAAUACCCGGAUGGAUUCCUAAAGUAGUUGAAAUAUCUACGAAGCCUGCCGGGGAUUAAGCCACUCGUCAAAGUCACCGAGGGGAAUCACUGGAAGAGCAUCAGUGUCAUCAGUCACGGUGCGCAGGGUAGCGUAUAUCUCCGUGCCUGGCAUCCAUUUGGUGAGAUGGUGCGAUUUCACUCCCUAGUACAUCUGGUCUUAUAGGCCUACGUGAUAAUCGGUGGAAGAAUAUCAUUUUCGCAUUCUUUACGACUGUUAUCCAAGAGUGUCUUGGUCCCAGAAUCUUUCUUGUGGUGACUUUUUCCACUGCAUGGUGACGACAGUGUUACACUGCACAAAUGGUCAUGCAAAGUCAUACUUGAAACCUGGAUGGGAGGAGAUCGUCUAUAAGGAUGACAAGCCAAGUAACAUUUUCAUUGGGUCGCCUCCAUCAGAUGAUGCCAACGAGAGAUAACCGAAUUUAUAUCUUGCAGAUUUUGGACUUGCGUAUACAUUGGCCAAUGAUGAUGUGCGAGAAGUACAAAAAAGUUUUCUGCCUGGAAGAAACCGGAAGCGCGAGAUGUCUCCGCACGUUGGAACAUAAGUUCUAAGAUUGACAUUUAUGCUCUUUCCCACACAACCUAGAAUGCAUCGAAAAAGGGGUAUAAUGUCUAUAUAAACGUUUAGCAUCAGCUCAUCUCUAGGCGCAGUGAUGCUGAC